GCCAGGGCUUUGAACCCAAAUAUAUACAAAAUAACUCACAAAUUUCCAAUAUCUGUUUCUAGGGUUUCUCUUAGAAAAUUUGUAUCUUUUUGUCUCAAAGACAUGAAUCAUUGUUAGUUCCCGAAACCCACCAUGAUUACAUCCCAGAUUCUUCUUCUACUACUACUACUACUUCCUCCUUGAACCUCCUUAGAAAGAAAAAUAUAAAAAUAAAAAAAAUCCAUCAUGGGUGAAGAUGAUAUCGUGGAGCUCUUAUGGAAGAGUGGCCAAGUCGUUCAAAGCAGCCAGUCACAGAGACCCAUCUCCGUUCCUCCUCCCAUUCUCCGCGGCAGCGGAAGCGGUGGCGGUGGCGGUGUAGAAGGAAAUGCUCCCCUUCCGCUUCCGCCUCCGCCUCACACUCCCCUGCUUGACCAACCGGAACCGUCUCAUCAUCAGAGUCUAUUAAUCCAAGAAGACGAAAUGGUUUCUUGGCUUUACCAUACUCACCGCGAGGAUGGUUUCUACUCCGAUCUAAUCUAUCCCGGCGUCGCCUCCAUUCCGGCUACUCAGCCGCUAAGUUCCGCCUCUUUUGCACCACCACCACCAGUCGAUCUGCCUAGCAGUCAGAUUCUUGACACGAGAAGAGUGGCCAACUUUACCAACUUGUCGAGGUUUAGAGGGAACAUAUUUUCCGGCGGUAGAGUUGAAGCAGCUGGACCGUUGGUUCCUCUUCCGGUGGUGAGCCUGUCGACGCAGGUGGGAUCGAGCUUGACUCCGUCGUCUUCGGCGACUGAAUCCUGUCUAACACCAGCGACGCAAGGCAGCGAGAAUCGAUCGACGGCCAUCAUUGGCGGAGUCUCGCGCACUUUUGUAGUUCCCGGUCUUGAAAAGGUGGUUGCGACUGAGAUCGCUGGAACAUCAUCUUCCGGGGUCUCCAAGGUCGAAGCAGAGCCGAUUCAGGUACAGCCAGCGACGGAGACGAGAACUGCCGAUGACAGGAAGGGAAAGGAGAGACAAGAAACCGCUGACGAUAUCGAGGAUACUAAAGAAGCUCCUGGUUCAACGUCUAGGAAGAGGUCACGAGCUGCAGAAAUGCAUAAUCUCUCCGAAAGGAAACGGAGAGGGAGGAUCAACGAGAGGAUGAAGGCUCUGCAAGAACUCGUUCCUCGCAGCAACAAGUCUGAUAAAGCUUCCAUGCUGGAAGAUGCUAUCGAGUACGUGAAAUCGCUACAGAUGCAACUACAUAUGAUGUCACAAAAUAUGCAACAAUUCAUGCCCCACAUGGCCAUGGGGAUGAUGGGUAUGAACCGGCCUCCGUUCAUACAUUUCCCUGGCAUAGCUUCUCAUAUGGCUGGUCCGGGUCCAUCAUAUCCAGCACCGCCCUAUCCUUUUCCAAACAAUCCAGCCUUUGACCCAUCUAGACUCCAUUUACCAAGUCAGCAGCCUGACCCAGCGCCGAACCAGCCUCGGCUUCCAGGUUACUUGAAUCCUUAUAGCCAGUUUGUUGGUCUCCCUCAGAUGCAACAACCUCCUCCUCCGUUGCAGAAUCAAACAACAUCACAGCUGAGUUUUAGCCUCCCGAGCAGUGUCAAGGAACCUGAGGAUCAGGAGAACCAACCGACAGAUUGAUGUGUGGAGUUAAUAAGGAUCUGUUCUCCAAGCAAAACGCAAUUUUGAAGGUAACCAAGGAGCUACGAUGUUAGUUACUGGUC